AUGACGGCGACAACGGUGAGUCUGGAAGCGCUUGAAGGCGGCAGCGUGCCAUUUUCAAUUCUGGAAGAGGCGUUCGGACCAUCCUCUCUGGGCAUCCUGAUCGUGCGAGACCUGCCGACCAGAUUCGCCGGAUUGCGCAAGAGGCUUUUGUCGUAUGCUUCGUAUCUGGCGCAGCUGCCCUCGGAGCAGCUCGAUGCGCUCACCAACGCGGCCGCGCACUACGAAACGGGCUGGAGUCAUGGCGUGGAGAAGUUGAAAGAGGGGCAAUACGAUACGAUGAAGGGCUCGUUCUACGUCGAUUGCCAAUCGUUCUAUCUCGCGAAGCCAACGAUUCAUCAAUCGGGACAAUCGCUUACCAGAGGCUCCGGGCAGAAUCUGUGGCCUUCAGAAGAUGCCAUCCCGGGCUUUCGGGAGACGUUCGAGGAGCUGUGUACGCUGCUGAUUGAUAUUGGUGCUCUGGUUGCGAGAGCGAUUGAUCUUUAUGCCAUCCAGAAGAUCCCGGAGUACGAGAUGGGAUAUCUAGAGAGAGUAGUUCGAAAUAGCCAUACGCCGAAAGCUCGACUGCUGCACUACUUUCCACCCGCGGGUGGGUCGACUUUGACAUCGGACUCGGAUGAAGACUCUUGGUGCGCAACUCAUCUGGACGAUGGCUGCUUGACUGCGCUGACAUCAGCCAUGUUUGUCGACGAAACCGAUGCCCUACCCCCAUUACCGGAUGAUGCAUCUCAGCCAGCACUGAAGAUUCUCCCACAGUCACCCGAUCCCAAGGCAGGCCUGUAUAUUCGCUCUAGGGGAGGCACGGUUGUUCAAGUGAACAUACCCGAGGAAUCAAUAGCUUUCCAGACAGGCGAGGCCCUUCAAGCAAUCACGGGUAGCAGUCUCCAAGCCGUGGCUCAUUCUGUGCGAGGUCCGAACUCGACAGGGGCCAAGGUGGCUCGAAACACGUUGGCACUCUUUAUGCAGCCUGAUCUGGAUGAGGUGAUUGACAAAGCUGCCGGGCUGACAUACGGCGAAUUUGUCGACAUGAUUGUCGAGAAGCAUUCAUAG